AGCAGCAGCAGUCGUCUCGAGGCUUCUAGAAACAACGUGCAGUGGUUAGUCACCGGCACUUAAAGCGGUUCUCACAUAUAGACUUUCUGGGCACAACUAAAACCAUUCGUUUUCCCAAAUGGCAAAGUGGGGAGAAGGAGACCCUCGCUGGAUUGUUGAAGAGAGAGCCGAUGCGACUAAUGUCAACAACUGGCACUGGACUGAACGAGAUGCAACAAACUGGUCAUCGGACAAAUUGAAAAGUCUGCUUCUUGGAGUAAACGUGGAGAAUGAAGAAGGUAGUUGUGAGGUAACAGAUGUUAGCAAGGUGGAAGGAGAGGCAUCCAUCAACAAUCGCAAAGGGAAGCUUAUUUUCUUCUAUGAAUGGAAUCUGAAAGCAACUUGGACUGGGAAGUCAAAUGCUGGAGUAAAAUAUAAAGGAACAGUCGAGGUUCCAAACUUGUCUGAUGAGAACGAUGUCGAUGACCUUGAUAUUUGUGUGUCACUGAACAAAGAUGAACCUGAAACCACAUUGACCAAACUGAUGAAAACAAAGGGAGCUGAAAAAAUCAGAGAAGCACUGGGAAGUUAUGUGGAGCUCUUAAAAACAGAGUUCACACAGGGAAUGAUCCUGCCGACAGCCAACGGCGUGGCCACGCCCACACCACAGCCGAAAGCCAAGCUGGAAAAAACUCAGAUUUCUUCUUCGAGCAGCACAGUCACUCCUGUAAACACCGGAGUCAAGAUCCCCACCUGUAAAUUCUGCAUGAAUGAAACUUUCCUCACCUCACCGUUUGAACUCUACAGAGUCUUUGUCAACCAGGAAAUGGUUCAGGCAUUCACGCAGGCUCCCGCAACAGUGGAUGGAGAUAAGGGUGGAAGGUUUCGUCUGUUCAAUGGAAACAUAUUUGGUGAAUUCAUAGAGCUGGUACCCGAUAAGAAAAUAGUCAUGAAGUGGAGGUAUAACAACUGGCCCUGUGAGCAUUACGCAACGAUCACGAUCAGCUUUUUGGACCGGAGCAGUGAGACGGAGCUGGCAGUGGAGUAUCAAGGUGUCCCAGACAGCGAGGAGGAGAGGACGAAAGAGGGCUGGCAGAGAUACUACUUUGAGGCUAUUAAACAAACUUUUGGCUACGGAGCUCGACUCUUCUGAAGACGGCGUUUUCUCUCUUGGAUGAUUAUUUUUUUCCUUCACAUCCUUCGAUAUCACCAAAACAUAAACUCAUGGCGCCAGUUCAUAAGACAGAUGUGAGGCAAAUAAGUCACACAUCUGUGUAAAUGUUUUAAUAUUUAGAACGUAUUAUAAAUAAAUGAAUUCUCGUUUCUGUCAGCA